AGAGGUCCUUUGAAUGCAUGUGGCGCGAUAUGGGAAGCUGAGAGAAAAACUAAUUUGACAGCCGGAGAGCCGAAGAGAUUUUUAACGACGUGUGGCUCACAGUUUAUCCAAACAACAUGAUUUCUACACAGCAAAGUAGUUGGUUUAUCCGCAAGGUUAUCUGCUGGAGAGCUGCGGCCAGCAUUGCUUGGGCUGUCCUGUUGUUGCCACCCACCACAGCAGUGUUUGUCAUCCUCAGCAGAUUCAGUCUCCUUCACCCCAUUCACACAGUAUCAGAAUGUUUGUCCCUCCUAAUGAGCACCAGUGCCAUCUUCUCCUUGAUCUUGCUGUUUGGAGUGAUCCUCAUGGUGGGGUUCCUCAACUUGGAGUAUUAUACAGUUAUUCCGACUAUUGCAUGCUCAAAGAUCGCCCUAUUGGGUCAGCUGCUCCACCCUCGUCAGUUUCUAAGCUCCAUUGCACACUGCAUCAUGGGAGUGAUCGUUGGUUGGUGUUGUACCAUCACCGUCGGAGGCAGAUUUGAGGCCCUCAGCUACUCCUGCACACAGAGUGAUGGCUCCACUCGCAUGUGUCUGAACGAGUAUCAGGUCUUCCUCCUGCUGGCUGGGGCCUUUGUUGGAUUCUCUCACAGUCUGCUGGGUGUGAUCCACAACAUGAACUAUGUUGCUUUUCACACUGUUCAGCAAUACAAAUACCUUCGGUUUAAGGGAUCCCUACCUCUGGUGGUGAAGUGCAGUGCCACUCAAGCACUUUACUCCGUCAGAAACUUCAUCGUUCUGUAUUACUUCUUGGGAUACAUUCCAAGAGCGUGGAUUUGUAAAACAUUAAAUCUUCAGUUGAACAGUUCAGUCCAUCAGUUGGACAGUAUUGCAGGACUGCUGGACCUCUCCCUGCUUUACCACCUGUGGAUCAGUGCCACCUUCCUUCUCUUUACGUGGCACAUCACACUACAACUCUUCAGGAUCUUUGUCACAGAGGUUUACAGUUUUCCUGUGCAGUCAUCUUUCACCGAGGAUUCUCACCAGUGUCUCCCUAGAGUUCUUACUGACAGGCAGCCAAUGAUAGUUAAGUUCCUAGCUCUGCAGGAUUUGGCUCUGCUGUCUCAACACUCCCCAUCACGACGCUGUGAGGUCUUCAGUCUGAGUCAGCCAGGUGGUCAUCCUCAUAACUGGAACGCCAUCAGCAAGGAGUGCCUGUCUUUGCUGGCUGAUCUGACCCAGAGACUCGUAGCCUAUCAUGACACUGUGGCAACCAACGGCAGAGCCAAAUCCCUGUCCAUUGGGAGUGAGAGGAAGACCUCCUCUGACACGUCAGUGUUGUCAGGCACAGAUGAUCUGAUGAGCCCGAGGCCCACUCUACUCAUGAAAACUCCAGCGUCAGUCUUUGCACGCUCCGUCAUUGGCCAAUCACAGACUCCUCUGACAGCCCCUUUCACUCCUGACCUGGACAGCCCGUUUGCUUCUCCGGCCCUGCGGCGUCUUACUGCUCCCGUGGAACAAUGCUCGCCGUGGUUCGGCACAGUGCAGAGCCCACAUGUCAUGAGGAGAGGCCCCAAACUCUGGUCCACUUCCACAGAUUCACAGGUGAAAGGCAGUCCCCCACCCUCCCCUGCCUCAGUAACCAGUACAAAGCCUGAACAGUCCAAACCGAGUCUGCUGGCCAAGUUCCUCCAGAACAGGAAAGAACAGGUUAAAAAUUUCUUGGCAAAGCGGGUGCUGAUUAUGUAUUUGUUUAAUAAGCUCCCAGAAGCCUCCAGUCAGGCUCUGUUUGCAGACAGCCAGGCUCACAUCUGGGCGCUAGAAGGGCUGUCUUACCUCGUCCAAGCUUCUUUCUCUGAGGAUCAGUUUGGGGUUAUACAGACUACAUUACCCAGCAUUCUCAGUUCCAUGCUGGUUUUACAAGAGGCUGUAGAUCGACACUUCAAGCUCCCUCAUGCUUCGAGUAAACCAGUGAGGUCAACCAUCAGCAUGGGAGACUCCACGUAUAAAACCCUUCGUUUUGCUCUCAGGGCCACGCUAAAAACAGCCAUCUACAGGAUAACAACAACAUUUGGGACUCACUUAAAUGCUGUUCAGAUGUCCACAGAGCACCGGAAAAGAUUGCAGCAGUUUCUGGAAUACAAGGAAUAACACAUCUGACACUUCAGAUUCCCAUCAGUGUGAUUUUUGUGUGCGAAUGCCCGUAAGUGAAAGCUCAUGAUAGUGCCUCUUUUAAUAUUUAUGCCUGCACUAUGUCAUGGCAGAUUGUACUUGACAGGCUAGACGACACCACGAACACGCAGGAGGACGAGGCAGGAAGUCCAACAGAUAAACUGAAACAGGUUGAAGACUGUUGCUGCCUGUGUCUGGCUCAUUUAAACUAGCUCACUGUAAAGAAAAGCAGCUCAAUCCAAAGUGUUGUUGUACUGCAAGGAAAUCUUAUCAAGAUUUUGACUUUUGGCUUUGGGAUGAGGCUGCUAAAGGGCUUUUUUGUGCUGUGUUUAAAUUCUGGUUUCAUAUUUAAUCUUCUGUCUCCUUGAACUACAUCCCCUGGAUUUCAAUGCCUUCAUGCAUCAGGUGUGCUGAGUGAAAGAGAGCGAGAAAAAGGAGCAUGUCAGGUGUGAGAGAAACUUUUUUGUGUGUUUCUGAGGUCUCUUCAGUCUGUUUUGAUAACAUAUUUUCUGAGAUAUCAUUUUGCUCUGGGCACCAGUGUGGAGAAUCAUAAUUUCAUAGAGAACACCUUUGUAAAUGUUUUUGUCUGUUUUGUUCAUGUAAAAUAAGUUUGGGUAAAUAUAACUUGUCACUGCCAACAAGUCUGGAGUUUAAAUUGACGAUCAAAGAACUGUUGAAUAAAAACAUUGUGUAAUAA